UCAACAUCCCUCUCUCAUAUCAAACGUAACCAAACCAAAAGCAUUCACUUUUCAUUUUUCAAAGUCCAAAUUUGCAGCUGCUUCACCUGAAUCAUGGACGAGAUUGAAGUGCCUCCAUUCUUCCUCUGCCCAAUUUCCUUAGAAAUCAUGAAGGACCCCGUCACAAUCUCCACCGGAAUCACCUACGACCGAGACAGCAUCGAGAAAUGGCUCUUCUCAGAGAACAACAAAACCUGCCCGGUCACCAAACAGGCCCUAAAUCUCUCCGAUUCAACCGGUCCCACGCCGAACCACACGCUCCGGAGACUCAUCCAAGCGUGGUGCACAAUCAACUCCUCUCACGGAGUCGAAAGGAUCCCAACUCCAAAGCCUCCAGUGUCAAAAACCGCAAUAAAAAAGCUUCUCAUAGACGCUUCUCAUUCAGACUCUCCUCAGUUGCAGAUCCAAUCUCUCGGAAGGCUCAAAUCCAUCGCUUCUGAGAGCGAAACCAACAGACGCUGCAUUGAAUCCGCUGGCGCGGUCGAGUGCUUAGCGUCUGUUGUAACAACCAGAACCAAUUCUUUAUCUUUAGAUGAUGAAAUUGAAGGGUUUGACUUAAAAUCAGGUCCUGCAGAUGAAGCUUUGAGCAUCCUCUUCACUCUUAAUUUACAAGAAUCAGGUUUGAAAACCCUCUUUAGCUACCAAAAUGGUGAAUUUGUACUCUCCUUGACGAGGAUCAUGCAGAAAGGACUCUACGAGUCGCGAACUUACGCAGUUUUGUUGCUGAAAUCGAUGUCUGAAGUGGCUGAUUCAGCGAAGAUAGCGAAUCUGAGAGGUGAGUUGUUUGUGGAAUUGGUACAAGUCUUGAAAGAUCAGGUUUCCCUGAAGGCUUCCAAGGCGACGCUGAAGACGCUGAUUCAGCUGGUUCCGUUCGGGAGGAACAGGAUCAAAGCAGUGGAAGCUGGGGCGGUACCUGUUCUGGUCGAGCUUCUUCUGGAUUGCAAGGACAGGAAGCCUUGUGAGAUGAUGAUGGUGCUUUUGGAGAUUUUAUGUCAGUGCGCGGACGGGCGCGCGGAGCUUUUAAGCCAUGGAGCGGGGCUAGCCAUCGUGUCCAAGAAGAUUCUCAGGGUUUCCACAAUGGCGAACGAUAGGGCUGUUAGGAUUCUGCUAUCGGUUUCACGAUUCUCUGCGAAACCGAGUGUUUUGCAAGAGAUGGUGCAGUUUGGGGUGGUGGCCAAACUGUGUUUGGUGCUUCAAGUGGAUAGUGGCAACAAGGCCAAGGAGAAAGCAAGGGAGAUACUCAAAUUGCAUGCUCGUGUUUGGAGAAACUCUCCUUGCAUACCUAGCAAUCUGCUUGCUUCAUAUCCAACAAGUGAGUGAAAAUGAAAUCGAAUUUUGAUCAAGGUUUGAAAUUGCGGUUAAGAUCCUUGAAAUUGUAGAAAAUUACAGAAAAUUGGGAUCAUAAUUGCAGUACUCGCAAGAUGCUCUUGAAGACCUCUAGAAUCAUGAGACUGUGCAGGCUGCAAUCAAGAUAGUAAAAUGUGAUUUAAAAUUUUAGUUUUCACCUUCCUGUAAAAAUUAGCUUUCAGAAUUACACCUCUUUUCGGUUUUGCUUUUUCAUUGUACAGAAUUAUUUGAAGAACAAGUCUGACAACAAAGAGAUAGGAAUUAUGGGCACAUAAAACGUUGUUCAUAAAGAGGAAUGUGUGGAUAGUGUGGGCAAUUGGGCACAUAAAAUAUUGUUCAUAUUUUUUUAAUAAGCAAAUAUUGUUCAUAUA